AUGGAUACCGUUCACACAUUGGCCCGUUACGCGUCCAUUUGCCAGAGCGAGCGCUUGGUGCCCAUCGUGGAACCCGAGAUCGUGCCCAACGGAGACCACGACAUCGAGUACUGCCGCAAAAUGACGGAGAUUGUCUUGGCGGCCCAGUUCAAAGCCCUGGCCGACCACCGCGUCUACUUGGAGGGCGCCGUGUUGAAGCCGAACAUGGUCAAGAAUGGUCUGAAAGGGCCUAAGGCAGACGCUGAGACCAUUGCAAAGCUCACAGUGCAAACGCUCUUGCGCACGGUGCCGGUGGCCAUGCCGGGCAUCUUCUUCCUUUCCGGCGAGACGGCGCUCAACGAGGACAAUGAGGAGGAGGCCACCGUCAAUCUUAGCACCAUGCACAAGCUCUACCCGAAACUGCCCUGGCAUCUCUCCUUCUCCUACGGCAAGGCAUUGCAGAAGACGUGCAUCGUCACUUGGUUGGGCAAGCCGGAGAACAAGGCAGCGGCGCAGAAAGCACUCAAGGCCCGUUCGAACGCAAACACGGAUGCCGUCUUCGGGAAGUAUGUGAAGGGAAGUUGCCCGAGCGUGGGCACGGAUGGUAACGUGUUGCAGGCAGCCGGGCCAUAUUAA